AUGAGUAUAAAUCCUCCACAUAGACUUAUAAAUGAUUAUAAGAAUUAAUCAUUUCAAAUUAAAAAAACAUAAAUUAUUAUCUAAAAUUGCUAAUAUAAUUUAAUAAACAAAAAAAUAUAUAUGAUAAGAUUGUAUGAUUAUAUCAAUUAUGAUAAUUUAAUAGGAUUUUAUGGAAGACUUUAGUGUAUAAAUAUUAUAGUUGUAUGAAAGAAUUAAAAGAUGAAAUGUAAUUAGAUUAUUUAAUUUGAGAAUCAAUUAAUAGAUAAAUAAUUGUUAAGAUCAAACUAUUUCAUUCUAAUUAAUAUAUUGAUGGUGUUAAAAUUUACAGAUGUGAUUAUUGUUAGGAAUAUAUCUAAAACUUCUUUAUUCUACUGGAUUUCAUUAUAAUUAGUAAAAAUUCAAUUGAAUUGUUCAUGAGGUCAUCUAAAUUUAAUUAUUGA